AUGGCAUCAACAUCACCAUGUUCGCAGGCCGUCAACAUAAAGCAGGGCAAUCUGACGAGCCACGGCUCGAUCUUCCCUCGCUUGCUUGAGGCGGGCGUCGAUGAGAUCUCUGCUGGGCUAAAUGAUGAAACGUUCACCAGUGUAGACCUCGUCAAUGCGUACAUUGCGAGAAUCAAGGAGUCAAGCCAUCUCUCUGCUGUGACUGAGAUCAAAAAUGACGCCCUGGCCAUUGCCGCCGACUUGGACAAAGACAGAAAGCAGGGCACGAGGCGAAGUGCUCUCCACGGCUUGCCUGUCCUUCUCAAGGCCAAUAUCGGGACGGCGGACAAGAUGUCUACAACAGCCGGAUCGUAUGCUCUGAUGGGCUCAGUUCUGCCGCAUGAUUCAACCGUUGUCGCAAAGCUGCGCGACGCUGGCGCCAUCCUUCUGGGGAAAACAAACAUGAACCAGUGGGCGAAUUGGAGGUCGUCCAACAUAUCGACCGGCUGGAGUGCGGUGGGCGGGCAAACCAUCGGACCAUACGCAGAGGAUCAAGACCCUGGCGGUAGCUCCAGCGGCAGUGGCGUUGCCAGCGCUCUUGGCCUUGCCGCAGCUUCGUUUGGCACAGACACGGGCGGGAGUAUCCUGGGGCCGUCUGCGCGGAACAACCUCGUCGGGAUCCGGUCGACAGUCGGGCUCACGUCACGCUAUCUUGUCGUCCCGUAUAGCGAACACCAUGACACGGUCGGUCCAAUGACGCGGACAGUUAAGGAUGCGGCCUACUGGCUCGAGGCUAUCAGUGGCAUGGACCCAGCAGACAACUACACGAGCGCCAUCCCGACCACAAUGGACACGCAGUACGUCUCUGCCUGCAAAACAUCCGGGCUGGCGGGGACAAGGAUCGGAAUUCCUCGCAAUCUGCUCUCUGGCGUGACGCCAUCGGACCAAGACAUCUUUGACGCGUUCGACGACGCCAUUGCCACGAUACAGGGUGCGGGUGCAGAAGUGGUUGACAACACCGACCUGGCAGCGUACGAUGAGUUCCUCGCCAAUGGCCGGGAGGCUUUCUACGGAGUGCUGUGCGCGGACUUUGUCUCUGGCAUUUCCAAGUACCUUGCGAGCCUGGAGAAGAACCCACAGCAAAUCUACAGCCAAGCGGACAUUAGGGAGUUUACCCAAAAAUACCCCUUGGAAGAUUACCCGCCAAAGGACACCUCGUCAUGGGAUCUCUGCGUGGAGGCGGGCAUCAACAACACAUCCCCUGAAUUCUGGCCUCUGCAUCAGUAUAACCAGCAGCUCCUCGGCGGGGUGGGCGGUCUUCCGGGUACUCUGGAAAAGUACAAUCUGGAUGCCUUUGUGCUGCCGACAACCUGGGCGUCCGAAGUCUCCUCCAUUGUCGGAUCGCCCGUUAUCACAGUCCCUCUGGGCUUUUACAAACCUGGGACAAACGUCACCAUCACGCCCCUAGGUGACGCCAAUCUAGUCUAUUCUGGUCCUGGGAUUCCGUUUGGGCUGAGUUUCUUCGGGCCUAAAUGGAGCGAAGCAAAACUUUGAUCGGGAUGGCGUACGCCUUUGAACAGCGGACCAAGGUGCGAGAGCAAAUGAAGCCUGUGUUCCAGCCGUCCACGGAACUUGAAGACGUAGUCUGAACAGAUGUUCUGGAUAGUUGUUCUGGGGAUAGAAUGGACAUUCUCUGAGCAGAUACACUGGAGAUCGUGAGUGGAUUUCGCUGUUUCUGUGGAGAUGGAGGGUUGAAUCGUGACAUCCAGUUGCGCAUCGCGUGGCGGCUGUGAUAGAUGAGGAUGCUGGGCC